AUGUCUUCCCUCUGGUCUUGCGCCGUCCGCCCCUGCACGACCGGCCAGACCAUCCACCCCCGCCCCUCCCACGGCCGCAAAUUCGUGUCCGAUUUUUUUGGUCGCAAUAAGACCUCGACUCUCUCGAUCCCGGAGGACGUCUGGCACUACUAUUGCCGCCAACACUACCAGAGGAUGAAGUACGCCGCCGACAAAUCCCCCGCCGCGCACCUCCAGUUCUUCUCCGACGCUCUCCGCGCCCAGCUUCAGAGAAUCAAGCUCUGGCGCCCAGAGGCAAAAUUCACCGUCCAACUGCAAAGCGCAGCCGGAGAUCGACUCUCCAAGUACGAAGCCGAGCUCCUCCGCAACGGCAACGACCGUGCCGCCGCCAAGAACGCCGUGAGCAUCACCCCGCGCACCGGCAAGAAGAACGGCAGCAUCCUGUCGAGUGCGAACGCGGUGGAGGUCGAGCACGCGGCGUACGUGCGGGACCACCUGGCGGGAGAGAACCGGUCGGUGGACUGGAUUCUCGCGAACGUGAUGCCUUGGAUCGAGGGGGAGUUUGCCGCGGGGAGGAUGGUGAGGAUGCCUCCCGUGGAAUUUUUGAUUGGGGAGGUGAGGGAGGGGGAGGUGGUGCACGCGGUGGAGGGGAAUUGGGCGGCGUGGGAUGCGGCUUUUCCGGCGGGUGGAGCAGGAGGAGGUGGUGCUUCCGCGGUUGCGACUGUGGGCUCUGCUGCUGGUGGGAUUGCUGUGCCGCCGGGAUCGAGGCACACGGCGGAGGAAGUCGCCGCUGCAAAUGCUCUCCUGGAUCUGUUCUCCGCCGCUCCGAGACCGACCAUGCCGCCACCGCUUCCGCUGUACGUUCCUCCGCCGCCCGUUUCGAGGGAGCAACCCGCCCCUCCGACCGCCUCUCCGCCCUCCGUUCUCGACCUGCCGCAUGUCUCCGCCGCACAGCCUCCCCUUCCUUCGCAUGGCUGGCGCAAGCAUACCCGGAGAGCUGUCUACAUCCGCGGCAUGCUCUUCUCCAAAGCCGUCACCCGAUUCUGGCACCCAGAGGUGGAGCAGGAGUAUACGGAGUGGCCGUUGAAGGGAGACGAGACGGAGCCAGAGACGGAGGUGGAGGACGAGGAGAGUGGGAAGGAGAAGCGGAAGAGGGAUCUGGAGGAGGACGAGGAUGAUGGAGAUGAUGUCUUCAAGCCAAAGGGCAAGGCACAGAAGCUUUGA